GACACUUUCACCAGUCACCACAAAGAGUUGCCAUUUCCAUAACCUUUAAAGUCAUAGAUUUCAGAUAAUGAUUGAGUUGAAGAUGACUACCAAGAUUUGGAUCAAUCUCAUCAUCUUAUCUUUACUAAAAGCAGUCUCAUCCCUCUCCGGACCCUCAGAGGUGAAGAGUGCAGUUGGUGAAACAGUCCACGUCUCCUGCGAGUAUCACCAGUUCAACAGGGACAAGGUCAAAUUCUGGUGCAGGGGUUAUCACUGGUAUUUCUGCACAGUUAUCAUUCGAUCUGAUCAACCUAAACAUCUGACCAGUGAUGUUCAGAUAUUGGAUGAUAAAAACCUUGGGUUAUUCACAGUCAGUAUGAAAGGAGCAACAGCUGAGGACAGUGGCUGGUACUGGUGUGCAAUUGAAAGAGCCAGCAGAACUUUGGCGUUUCGUCUUCAGCUGACUGUCUCCGAGUGGCUUGUAUCUCAGCUCAAAACAUAAACCACAAAACAGUUCAACGAGACCUCAACUUCCCCAACAACGUUGACAACACCACGGUCCACACCUUGUAUGACUCAAACAACAGGUCUCAUAUCUGCUACAAGCAAUUCAACAAGUGUGACAGUGUCCUUGGAUCAAGAUGAUCCUGUGUGGAAAGUAUGGAGAGUACUGCGCUGGAUGCUCUUCCUCUUCCUGUGUCUGUUCCUUGUUCUCUUCAGUAUACGAUGCCAUCGCUGAUAUUUCCACCAUUGCUGCCGAUAUGUUUCGGUUGUUUGUUUGUACUUUUGUUAUUUUGUUCAGUGUUCUGUUGAUUUAUUAAAUAUAUCAUUAUGGACACUUAC